CGCGAAGAUUGACCGCGAGUUCAAGACGCAACGGUACGACGACAUCGACGCACCAUUGCUAUACAUACGCAUUCAGAUCAGGGAGGCGACCUGCAGUGCCUUGAUCGAUUGCGGAGCAUCUCGCAACUAUACAGCUAGGACUUCAUGGUGCGCGCUGGCCUUUGCCCACGUGUCCGGAGGAAGUCCCAGCCUACGCAAGUCACUCUGGCAGACGGUCAUACGCACAAGUCAAUCGACCGGUGCAUUGACGCCGUCCCCGUGUACUUUGCCCCUCACGCAAGUGAGGCGGUGUCCUUUGACAUUCUGGACACCAAAUUUGACAUGAUCUUGGGCAUGUCAUGGCUGCGAAGCGAGGAUCACCCGGUGAACUUCUUCAACCGCACCAUUCACAUUCGUGAUCGGAACGGAGUACUAGUUCCAUGCACGGUGCCUCUCCCUCAUCCUUCUAUCAACUGCCACGUGGUAUUCGCCGCAAGCAAGCGAGCAUCCAUCAUCAGAGACGACAUCGAGGAGACGGGGGCCCGCACGGAGUGGUACCGGAUCGCCCCAUCCGCCACGAGAUCAUCCUCGAGGACGGGGCCGUACCUCCGCGCGGCUGCAUCUACCUCCGCGCGGCUGCAUCUCCGUGCACAACUCGACGAUCUUCUAGAGAAAGGUUGGAUUCGGCCUAGCUCAUCGCCAUACGGUGCUCCUGUCCUCUUCGUCCGGAAGAAGAACAAGGACCUGCGGUUGUGCAUCGAUUAUCGCAAGCUCAACGCGCAGACGAUCAGGAACGCUGGCCCUCUCCCACGCAUCGACGACCUUCUCGAGCGAUUGGGCGGCGCCCAGUUCUUCUCUAAGGUGGAUCUCAAGUCAGGGUACCACCAACUCGAGAUUCGCAAGGAGGAUCGCUACAAGACCGCGUUUAAGACACGGUAUGGGCAUUUCGAAUGCCUGGUCAUGCCAUUUGGCCUUACGAAUGCCCCAGCCACUUUCCAAGCGGCUAUGACAACGGAGUUCCGACACAUGCUGGAUCGGUUUGUACUCAUCUACCUCGACGACAUCUUGGUGUAUACCAAGUACAAAGCAAACCGCGACAAGUGCGAGUUCGCAYAGCAGGAGCUGGAAUACUUGGGACACUAUGUGACGYCSCAAGRCAUCCGUCCGCUUGCGGACAAGAUCGAGGCCCUACGAGUAUGGCCCGAGCMCACCAACACCACGGACGUUCGUUCAUUCAUGGGAUUGGCGGGMUACUAUCAGCGAUUCAUCACCGGAUACUCCAGGAUUGCUGCACCUAUGACGASGUUACAGUCGCCAAAGGUGCCAUUCGUAUUCGAUGAYGHCGCACGCCGGUCAUUCCAAGCACUUAAGACGGCUAUGCUCAUGGCACCCGUCCUUAGCAUCUAUGACCCCACCCUGCCGACACGAGUGACUACGGACGCUUAUGGCUAUGGCAUUGGGGCAGUCUUGGAACAGCACGAUGGCGAUGACCGACACCUCGUGGAGUAUUUCAGCCACAAAGUGCCUCCCAUCAACUCGCUUGAUGAUGCAAGGAAGAAGGAGCUGCUCGCAUUCGUCAUGGCUCUCAAGCGAUGGCGGCACUUCCUCCUUGGGCGUCGUAGGUUCACAUGGGUCACGGACAACAAUCCAUUGACUUACUACAAUAUGCAGG